UAAACUCACAUUCUACUUGGUUCUUCAUGUUACUUCUGCAGUUCUGCAUCAACACCUUCAUCACAGCGCUCUAAUUCCACCCCUCGCCAACAACUCAGCGACGCCGCCGCAAAUUCCGCCCUCUCAUCCGUCAGACCAAGUCGGCGCCGCCGCAAUCCAAGAAUCACACCUUCAAGUUUUGCGGCAGAUUUGGUGGUUGAUUGCAAUGAACCCAAUUCAAUAUCAAGCAAUGGGGCAUUCUCUUCCUCCUCAACAAUGGGGCCCAUCAAUUCCUCCAAACCCACCUCCUUCUACUACUUUCUGGAACCCCUUGAAUGUUCAACACCACUUUAAAGAAUUACAUGAAACCCUCUCUCUCGCAAAUGCAAUGCAAAAAGAGCUGGAUAUGUUGAUGAAGGUUAAGGAAGUAAAAGGGUGUGUGGGGAAGGGGAGUGAUAAUGAUGAUGAUGGUGUUGAUGGGUCAAUCGAUAGUUCAAAAAUUGAUGACUUUUGUAGGUUUUUUGAGGAUAAUAGGAUUGAUUUGGGUGCCCAAGAGUUGAUUUUAAUGGAGGCUGCAAAUGGGUUAAUGUCAAAAUUGCGGUUUCUGCUUGAACCUCUCAAGUUUGUUACUGAUGAUGGGACCCCAUGGGAGGAGAAAUCUGCUGUUGUUAGAUUGAGUGACAAAAUUAACAAGUCAAAACGCAAUAAGUUGUGGAGGAAGAGGAAGAGACGUCGUGUUGCUGAAUCACUUGCUAAGGAGGAGGAGCAAUUCAAGAAACUUGACCGAGAAGCUGAUGAAUGGAGGGCUAAAGAAAUUGCCAAGGAUAUGGCAGAACAAAAGGUAGAAAAAAUGAAAGUAAUUGCAAAGCAGAAGGCUAAAGAGGAGCGGAAGAAAUUGGAAGCUGAGCUUGAGCUGGCAUUGAUGGUUGAGAAGUUACAAGAACUGCGCUCUGUCAGGAUACAGAAGUUGAAAAAACAAGGCCAUUUUCUUCCAGAAGAAGAUGACAAGUUUCUUGAGAGAGUUCGAGCGGCAGUUGAAGAGGAAGAGCGCCAAGCAAAGGCUGCUGCAGCAACAGGUUCAGCUAAGAAUGCUAUUGCAGCUGCUGAAGAAUCUAGAAAAUUUACUCAGGGCUCCAAGUUGGAACCAAAGGUUGAAACCAGUAAGGAUAUUGGUGAAGAAAGUGAAGAACAGAGAACUCAGAGUAAAAGUGGGCUUGACUCUCUUGCCUCCACUAGCAAAGAAACUGAAAAUCAAGGCUCUGAUAGACAAAGCCAUGGUGCAUAUGACUAUGUGGCUAAUUUACCCCCGGAGUUUUAUCACUAUUAUCAUGGAAGUAAUACUGACAUGGGUACUCUGAUUGAGGUUCGGAGAACAUGGGAUGCAUACAUAAGGCCUGGGGGAAGUCGUAUUCCAAGUCACUGGGUUCAACCACCCCCUCCAGCAGACGAAGUAUGGGGAUCGUAUCUUGUGCAGCGUAGAUGACACUUCAAUAACAUUAAUUGGUUUCCCCGCAACUUUAUAGAGGAACUGCUGAAAUUCAGUUGUGUGCAUCCUUAAUGAACAGCAAAGUGUGUUCUUGUGGCUGCUAGACUCUGUUAGGCAAAGAUAAUUCAGCUGUGCACAUCCUUAAUGAACAGCAAGGUGUUGUGACAGAUAUCAACCAACAACGAUGGCAAAGCAAGAAAUAUCUUGAUUCUUGUGAGAAAAGGAGAUGCUCUCAAGCACAUCACCUCGCUUCUGCUUCCAUCCAUGGCAAGUGCAUGCUCCACAGCCCUCAAAGGAUUUGAAUUCUUGUUUAUUCUAUUUUGUCAAGGUGCUCAUCCUAGUUGAUCCACUGCCAAAUUUGUUCUAACAUUAGGUCUUAUUCCAUGAAAAUUUAGAGAAACUUUUAUCAGCCAGAUCUGUUUCUUAUCUUCUCAUUAUCUGGAUUGUUUUCAGCUUCAAUUGAUCCAGGAUUGUUUCAGACUUUCAGUUCUUGAGGAAUAUAUGGCACAAUGUUUGUAAUUUAUGUAUCUGAUCACACUUGGAAGUUCAGAUGAUGGUUUGCUUCACAGCACAAACUCAUAAAUAGCUUACACAAUUACGAGUAGCCUAAUGGAUGCACAAGUUCUCGAUCAGCUCCUGCGCUUCUAGGCCUCCUUGCCCGGUUGCCCCGAUGAUAAUGUAAAUGUUUAAUUGCCCUUUCUAAGCAAAUUUCUACACUAUUAUGAAGAGUGCACGUUUGUCCUUUGUUCACCGUCCGUAUGAUGACUUAGAAUUCCAACACAUUUUAAAUUUACAACCGUUUGGGUAUCUAGCUCAGUCACUCAGCUUACUCCAGCCUCUGUAAAAUGUUCAUCAAGUUACUCCACGAACAAAAAAAUGUCCACAUUUGAUACUGUUUGUACGUCAUCCUAAUUUUUUUCUUUUAGUAUUGUCAAUUUGUCUCAAAUUUUUCUUGAAUGUGUUAUAUGCCAGGCGAGCUCUUCUCCCGCAAUCUCAUACUCAUUGCAAAAUUAUUUUUGUAAAUUCUGGUUUAAAAAGAGAGCCAUGCGAAACUGGUAAUUGGAAAAUUUAGCCGAGGGUUCGAGAUGAUCCAAAUAUUAAGCACUUGGGCAUCUUAUAUUUCGGCAUUUCAUGUGCGAAGGUUAUAAUUUGUGUUAAAGAGGUCUCAAUUUUCAUAGAGUUUCUCACCUCCCUGCUGGGACCUUCGCCAUUAUCGUUAUCAAAACAAAUUAUUUCAUUAAAAAAGAAGUUAAAAUGAUGAUUAAAUUGAGUGACCUCAGAGAUCUUGGUGGAUAAAAGAUCAUCAAAUGAAAUUCCCGUAGAAAUCCCAUCAAGAGUAGCAAAUAUUAUCAUACAUCACCGGCCACCCAAAUUACCAAUUCGAAAUUCAGAAGAACAUAAAAUAAAUUUGCAAUAUUUUUUCGUAAAAGAGCAUAAUGUAUCAGGAAAGAUGUUAUAAUCAAUUAAUUCACAGAAAAAUCUGUGAAAAAAUCUCAGUGGGAAUCCGU